GACUAGCAGCUUCAGCUACGAUAAUCUUAAAACUGUCAGUGUCAGGUGCUUGUCUGACGCUGCAGGAGUUUAAAGAACUGAGCAGCAGAUAAGCAGGCAUCGUAGACACAACCUUGUUCUCCCUGCCCUGCAAGAAGAGUUUCAUGAUUUCGUCUGACGCAAGAAAUCAGGUGGCAGCGAUGAGCUACCUGGAUGACAUUCCCUUUCGGACAACCAUGAGCCUCCAUGGAGACUCAGGGGAGGAAAACACUUUAAUCACUGCGCCGGCCAUCGAGCUGCCCGACUGCACCGACAUCCUCAUGAGCACCAUGCACGACUUCUCGCUGGAAAGAAAAGUGCUUUACUGGGUCGAGGUGGCCUCUCAGAAGCAAACCUCGCAGCAUCAGGUCACCUCGGAAGUCGUCCCCACGGCUCCACCGUGCUGGCUACUGCUGGUGGACCCUGCUGAGAGCUACGGAGGGAGAACACGUGAUGGGGCGAUGCGGCGCUGCAUCAGCCUGAGCGCUGCUGACAGCAGCUACGGGCACACCAAGGGCAGAGGUGCCUUGUCCGACUCCGAGAGUGAGACCCGGCACUCGGAGGAGGACGAGUACUCAGAGGAUGAUGAAUACUCCUCAACCUCCUGGGAAGAGAAUGACAAGGAUGAAAAGGUUUCCAGGAGGAGAAAUUCUGGGAGAUCUGUGCCUCCACGUCCCACCUUUUACCAGGCCCGACCAAAGACAUCACCUGGCUUGCUGGAGCCCUCACCAGAGAAUGUCAACCAUCACCUGGCUAAUCCAGACCCAAGCAAGCAGAGAAGAUCCAUGGUGAUAUUUAACAACAUGAAGAAUGAGCUGGAAGCAGCCAGGAGGAAGCUGGCUGCUUUGGUGCAUCCUCUGAACAGAGCCACCACAGAGAAGAGAGGGAUCCUGGUUCCACAGCUGCUCCCUCAGCGUCCCCGCACCAGCCGUGGUGUCAAGUACGGGCCAGCCACAGCCCAGCUGGGGAACUUGGUGCCAGUUCCUCCGACUACAGCCGCACCGAUCCCUCCAAUCAAACGGCAUAAGCCCAUGGUGCCGUCCCUCAGCCCCUACGCCUGCCUCCCCCCUGCCUCCAUGCCUGCGCGACCUCUCAGUUCCCACAGAUCCCAGCCGGAUUCGGCAGCUGACCUGCUCUCGGCGCUGAGCCAAGAGGAGCGAGACCUCAUCGAGCCUGUUAUAGCCUUGGGCUACCCUACUCGCAAAGCCAUCCUCACCCUCCAGAAGACUGGAAGGCAAAGCUUAAGUCAGAUCUUGAGCUACCUGGGUGCCUGUGACCGCCUGCUGAAGCAGGGCUACGAGGAAGGGCAAGUCGAGGAGGCCAUGGAAAUGUUCCAGUAUUCGGAGAAAAAGGCAGCUGAAUUCUUGCAUUUGUUAUCUCAGUUUAACGAUAUGGGUUUUCAGCAAAAUGAAAUCAAAGAAGUUCUUUUGCUUUGUGGGAACCAGAGGGAGAAGGCGCUGGAAGAGCUCGUGAUGAAAGCCCAGUGA